GAAUGUGGUCGGGGAGGAAGGCACUGAGGGGCCCAUCCUGAGAUGACAGCGGCUGUGAAGCGCGGCUCCAUCCCGGAGUGGGGGCGGUGGCUCUUCGAGGGUCCCAAACCUGGGCCUCCCGUCUCCACCGCGGGGUCCGAGGCCCGAGAGAGCCCACGGCGUCCAGGAUGGUGAGUGGGUUUUCAUCCAUCUGGAAGCUGUCACGAUGACCCUGACAAAAGGUUCCUUCACCUACUCCAGUGGGGAGGAGUAUCGUGGAGAGUGGAAGGAGGGCCGCAGACAUGGUUUUGGUCAACUGAUGUUUGCUGAUGGUGGCACCUACCUGGGCCAUUUUGAAAAUGGGCUCUUUAAUGGUUUUGGGGUACUGACCUUCUCAGACGGCUCGAGGUAUGAGGGCGAGUUUGCCCAGGGGAAGUUCAACGGUGUCGGAGUCUUCAUUCGACACGACAACAUGACCUUUGAAGGGGAAUUUAAAAACGGCCGCGUGGACGGUUUGGGCCUGCUGACCUUCCCCGACGGUUCUCACGGAAUACCCCGAAACGAAGGUCUGUUUGAGAACAACAAGCUCUUGCGGCGUGAAAAGUGUCCCGCGGUGGUUCAGCGGGCCCAGAGCGCCUCCAAGUCGGCCAGGAGCCUCGCGGCCUGACGGGCGCCACGCCCAGCUGACCAGGAACCAGGAGGGCCCUGCCACCCGCUCGAGGUGAACCAACAGACCGAUGUGAAAGCAGAUUUGAAUGACCGGGGAUCGGAAGCCCCAGGAGGGGCCCCAUCACCUGCCAGGCAGGGCUUCGAUCUCGGGCGGGAGGCCCCUGCAGCCGCCGUUACCUGCUCUGUCCUUCCCCUCUCUCGCUCGUUGGGUCUCUCUGUCCCUAACACCCUGGUCCCCCAGCGCAGACCAGCUGCUGCCUUCCUCCCACUUCCUUUUCUGCCGAGUGAUGCAGAAUCUCUCCCUUCUGCUUCUCAUUGGGGCAGAUGAUCCCAGCCCCAGACCAGGGCCAGGGCUUUGUGCCACCCUGGAAAGAAAGAAGGGAAACGACAGGGGCGGCUUAGACAUACAUCACUGCAGUCCUGUGAAAGGCAAGGCCACAGCUUUUCUGUCUCUUACUCCCUGGUUCGCUUCUGGUGGCGGUGGUGGCCCCAGGCUUCUCCCUUGUCUGACCAGACCAGUACUUGUGUCUGCCUCCUGCUCCUGUGGGUUCCGUGACGUGCUCCUUCCCUCACCCUUGACUUUACCCGCUGUCUUCCUUACCUGAGUUCCAGCGGAUCAUUUGGGCCCCUUUCUCCUUCCUUAGACCUGGGACAGGAUCCCUUUAGUCAAAAAGAAACGGAUGUAAACAGUCACUGUAUGAGUUUGUCACUUACUCCGGGGCAAAGAGCAGACAUCUCUGGGCAGCGUCAGGCCCUAUCACAGAGUGACUUGAAUCCUUAGGGGUGGCUUGGGCCGACAUGGAUCCUUCCCACUGGACCAGUAGGUCAGGCCCACCUCAACCCCUUGGCGUUCAGGUAGAAUUGGACCUAUGUUGGAUGGCAGUGAACUAAAGAGCGUUGGGUUCACUGGAACUCUCCCACCGUGAGCCAUCGGGCCAUCGGGCCUCGGGAUCAGAUCUUGACCAAUAGGAUCCCUGCACAGUUCAUCGCAGGGGCCUCCCAUGACCCUGUGACCCAAACACACCCCCACUCCCACCCCCAGCCCCUGAUCCUCACGCUCAGUGUCCCCUCCACAUAGAUUGUGGUGGAAAUUAUAGCCGCGUGCCUCUGUUUAUUCUCUGACUUGUACUGUAGAAACAAGUGUUUAUGAGGAAUAAACAAAUCACCAGAACUGCC